AUGCCUUCCGAUGAAAAGAUCCCAUUCUUCAAUCCGAGCCCUCCGCCCUAUGAUGAGACCAUGGCCAACGGAAGCCGUCGUGACUAUGCCCGGGUCCCUUCCAGGUUCUCGACAGAAAAUCGCGACGCUGACGAAACCGAACACCAAUCCCUCCUGCGACUGCCGGAGACGUCUGCUGGACCAUCAAGACAACCGCCCCGCGGAUAUCGACCGCCCACGGUAGAGACUGACGAUGAGUCCAGUCUUUUCGGUAGCGACAGCGAACUUGAUGACGAUGAGGAAGCCGCUCAGAUACGCCGAGAAAUGCAGGAGAUGGAAGUUGAAGAGCCCUCCACAACACGAGGCUCAGUAUGGAGCAAGAGAAUAGGUUUCUCCUUGUCACUGCCCAAGUGGAAAUGGUCCUGGAGGCCAAGAUUACCGAGAUUCCGCAUCCAACUUCCUUCACGUGCCACCGAACCAGCCAGGAACGAGAACGAGACCAGACCCGAAACGAAUCGACGGCAAUGGCCACAGAUGAAUUCCAUGACGUGGAUCAUAGUCUUUGCCCGGCUCGUCGCACUGCUAAUCGUGCUUGGCUUCGUCUACUUUCUAUUUGCCACCGGGUUCUUCAGUGGCUCCUCCACUCGUCUCCCAGGGGGGCUACGCUUUGACCCGGAAGACCUCAAGGCCUUCAUACAGUCUAACGUGGAUCCAAUGCGCAUGCGGGCUUCGGUCUUGCACUACUCACAUUAUGCCCACAUCGCUGGUACCGAAGGAGAUUAUGCGAUGGCCAUGGAUGUCGAGAGCAUGUUCCAACGUGCCGGUCUCGAGUCAGUACAACUUGACGAAUAUUACGUUUAUGCCAAUUAUCCGCGGAAAGACGGCCGGGCUGUGCAAAUCAUGGAUGUCGAUGGCAAGACUGCUAAGUGGACCGCAAGGUUGGAUGAGGAAGAGCGCGGAGGAGAAACAUCUGGUCGGCAGACAUACGCCUUUCACGCCCAUUCAAAGUCUGGCGACGUCAAGGGCCCUUUAAUAUAUGCGAAUUAUGGUUCUCGCGACGACUUCCAAACACUCAAGGAUAAAGCAAUAAAUACAAAAGGAGCCAUUGCCCUUGUGCGACAGAUGGGUACCCAGAAAGACGUGGCUCUGAAGGUGAAGGCAGCAGAGCUUGCUGGAUUCGCUGGCUGCUUAGUCUAUAGUGAUCCAGCCGAAAACGGGUUUGUCAAAGGUGAUGUUGCGCCCAAGGGUCGAUGGUUGCCCGAGGAUGGUGUUCAACGGGGUUCUGUAACCCUAAAGAACAUGGGAGUUGGGGAUGUUUUAACGCCCGGCUGGGAGAGCAAGAAGGAAAAGCAGAGAAUGGCUAUCGAGGAGGCGCCAGGUCUAGUGAAGAUCCCCAGCCUGCCGCUUGCUUGGAGAGACGCCAAGGUUCUGCUGCAACACUUAAAGGGCCAUGGACAAAAGGUUCCUGAGGGCUGGAAAGGUGAUGUCCCAGAGGUGGAUGAGUGGUGGACAGGCGAUCAUUCCUCACCAAUUGUUCGUUUGCAAAAUGAGCAGGAUGAGAUUGAAAAGCAGCCUAUAUGGAAUGUCUACGGCAAAAUCUUGGGUAUGGAGCAGACGUCAAACUCCAUCAUCCUUGGCAACCAUCGUGACUCCAUGGCGUUUGGUGCUACCCGACCUCACUCUGGAACUGCGGUUAUGAUUGAACUGGCUCGUAUCUUUGGUAGCCUGUUGAGCAGGGGCUGGCGUCCCUUGCGUACGAUUGAGUUCAUGUCUUGGGAUGCGGCGGAAUACAACAUGAUUGGGUCCACCGAAUACGUCGAAAAGAACCUGGACGCAUUGCGACAGAAUGCCUACGCCUACAUCAAUUUAGAUGCCGCAAUCACGGGUACCCAAUUCACAGCCGCAGGGUCCCCGCCGCUGGAAAGAGCACUCAUUCGAGCCUUGGGACGUAUCGUGGACCCUCACAAGAACGAGACUCUCAAAUUCCUAUGGGAUAGCCGCAAAGCUAAGCUAGAGGGCCUUGGAGGCGGUGGGGACUACGUUCCGUUCCAGGAUAUAGCCGGUACAAGCUCCAUUGAUGUCAGAUUCGAGGGAGAGCCGGUGCCGUUCAGCUCAAGCUAUGAAAACUUCAACUUGGUUGAACAAGUCAUAGAUCCGGGUUUUGUUUACCACGGACUCAUGGGUCAGGUUGUGGGGCUGUUGCUUCUUGACCUGGCUGACAGAGCCAUCAUGCCCUUUGACAUGGUUGGUUAUGCCAGAAGCCUCAAUCAUUGGAUUCAUGACUUGGAACAGUGGGCGAACAAGCAGGAGGGUGCCAAGGACGGCGCCUCAAAUAUACCGUUCCAAGAGCUCAAGGAUGCCGUCGAGUUAGUCAAGAACAACGCCGAUGAGUUUGAGAAAUGGGAAUUAGAGUGGGACCGCUCGAUUCUCAGCGGCGGCGGGUACGAAGCAAGCAGUCUCGGGGCUCAGCGGAUGCAUUACAAUGACCGGAUGGCUGCUUUUGAAGCCUCGCUCCUAGAUUUAGAACUCGGUGGUGGUAUUCCAAAUCGUACUCAGUUCAAGCACGUCGUGUUUGGUCCCCAGCUGUGGUCAUCUUAUGACGUAUCUUUCUUCCCUGCUAUUCGCGACACAGUAGAGGCAGGCGACUGGGAACUCGCGAGACUUAUCGCAACAAAGAUCGCAGCCUUGUUACGGCAGGCUGCAACCAUUUUACAGAUGUGA